AUGAUCCUCAGAGCAGAACUGCUCUUGCUGUGGCACGCUGUUGUGUUUCCUGCUUGGGCAGUAGAGACAAGAUCCGGCGAGUCGUCACGGCCCCGAGGCGUUGCGCCUGAAUUUGCGAAAUUCUACAAAAAGACACCUUCAGACACCUUCACAUGCAUCUCGAACCCCUCCAUAAUCAUACCCUUCUCACGGGUCAACGACGACUUCUGCGAUUGUCCCGACGGCUCAGAUGAGCCUGGUACCGCCGCAUGUUCCUAUCUCUCCCUGCUCUCUCCCCCUCAGUACCAUCCCGGACCAGAUACUGUGGCAGCGGCCAUCAACACCACUCUAGCACUGCCGGGCUUCUACUGCAAGAACAAAGGCCAUAUCCCCGCGUACCUGCGUUUUGAGAGUGUCAACGAUGGGAAGUGUGACUACGAUGUAUGUUGCGACGGCUCGGACGAGUGGGAGCAUGUCGGAGGGACAAAAUGCGAGGACAGAUGCAAGGAGAUCGGAAAAGAAUACCGAAAGCAUGAGGAGGUCCGGCAGAAGGCUUAUCAGGCAGCAUUGAAGCGGAAGAAGUCGUUGGCAACAGAAGCUGCAAGACUACGGCGCGAAGUGGAGCUACAAGUGCACGAUUUGGAGACGAACCUGAAAGCAUACCAAGUCAAGGUCGAAGCCGCCGCGGAGAACCUGAAAGAUGUCGAGCGGAGAGAAAAGCUGAAAGUGGUCCGAGGAGAAGCAGCAGGCAAAGGUGCUGGGAAGCUCGGUGUAUUGGUCGGCUUGGCCAAAUCUCGGGUCAACGAGCUGCGUGCACAGCUGGAGAAAACGAAGAAGCAGAGAGAUGCCAUGCUGCAGAGAGUGACGGAACUGGAAGGCCUGCUUGCCGCAUUGAAGGAAGAACGCAACCCCAACUUCAAUGACGAAGGCGUCAAACGAGCUGUGCGUGGGUGGGAGGACUAUGCCUCCCGCGAGACUGACGACCAAUGGUCCGAUGCGGAGGAUCGGGACCUCGCGGCCGUCCUGCAGGAGGAUACUGAAAGCAGCGGCAUCAACUGGGCAGAAUUCGAGAAUGUCCCCGAGGAGCCCGAGUCAGACGUCGCGGCGCUGUACCAGUUCAGUGCGUACCUCCCAGACGGGGUCAAGCUGUGGCUGGACGAGAAAGUCGCGGCGCUGCGUCAGUUCCUCGUCGAGAGCGGCGUGCUAGCCGGCCCUUCAGAUCCCACGGCCACAGCUACAGAGAGCAAAGCCGUCCAGGACGCCAAGAAAGUCCUUGCCGAUGCGGAACGCGAUCUCCGCAACACCGAGAACGACCUUAAACGCCAUCGCGAAGACCUCGACAAGGACUAUGGUCCGGACGGCAUCUUCCGCGCAUUCAGAGAUACCUGCAUAUCCCGCGACAGCGGCGAAUAUGAGUACGAGCUGUGCUUCAUGGGUCAGACGAAACAGAAGCCCAAGAAGGGCGGGGCCAACACGAACAUGGGCAAUUUCGUCGGCUUUGACACCGAGUAUGUCGACGAAGGGGUUGGCUUGGAUGGCAAGGGCCUCGGCACGGGCGAUCGGCUGAUCAUGAAGUAUGAGAACGGCCAGGGGUGCUGGAAUGGCCCGGCUCGCUCGACGAAGGUCUACCUCGCGUGUGCGGAGAAGGAGGAGAUCUGGAAAGUCAGCGAGAGUGAGAAGUGUGUGUAUCGAAUGGAAGUGGGAAGCGCGGCCGUUUGCGAGCAGCAACAGCCAAAUGGGAGCGCGAGUGGGAGUUCGUCCAAGGCCCAAGCAGAGCAUAAGGACGAACUGUAG